UGAGUAGCAGGCUGCUGAGGCCGAGCCAUCUCCUCCUCUCUUCCAUCCUGACUGCAGUCUGUGGAUCUGAUCCCACACCUGGAGGACUCAGGAUGCUGUUGCUGCAAGCUGUUCUACUGUUACUAGUCCUGCCCAGUCGUGGUCAAGAUACUCCGACCAAAGAACCUGGAGUCCAACUUCCCCUGCCUAAGGGGGUCUGCACUGGUUGGGUGGCGGGCAUCCCAGGGCAUCCUGGCCACAAUGGGACCCCAGGACGUGAUGGCAGAGAUGGCACUCCUGGUGAGAAGGGUGAGAAAGGAGAUGCAGGUCUUGUUGGUCCUAAGGGUGACACUGGUGAAACUGGAGUGACUGGGGUUGAAGGUCCCCGAGGCUUUCCAGGAGUCCAAGGCAGGAAAGGAGAACCUGGAGAAAGUGCCUAUGUAUACCGCUCAGCGUUCAGUGUGGGACUGGAGACCCAGGUCACUGUUCCCAAUGUUCCCAUUCGCUUUACCAAAAUCUUCUACAAUCAGCAAAACCACUAUGAUGACACCACUGGCAAAUUCCACUGCAACAUUCCUGGGCUCUACUACUUCUCCUACCACAUUACGGUCUACCCGAAAGAUGUGAAGGUCAGCCUCUACAAGAAGGACAAGGCUGUGCUCUUUACCUUUGACAAAUACCAGGACAAGGACGUGGACCAAGCCUCUGGCUCUGUGCUCCUCCAUCUGGAGAUGGGUGACCAAGUCUGGCUCCAGGUGUAUGGGGAAGGGGAGAAUAAUGGGCUCUAUGCAGAUAAUGUCAAUGACUCCACCUUCACAGGCUUCCUUCUCUACCAUGACACCAAUUAGUGACCACUUAACCAGAGCCUCCACUGGGCCAAACAACCCAGAAGUCAAAGAACAGCCCAAGGGUUUUCAGCAUAGUUAGGAGACUGAUAUUAUUAUUUAGUUGGAGAGUUCUGAACAUUAUUCAUGCAUUUACUCAUUCAUUCAUCAAGUGCCCUUUUUAAAAAGUUAAUAGUUUAUUCUCAGUCCUAAAGGAGAUAUGUUCCCUGGCUGCAAGGAUUUGGUACAUAGUGUCAAAUAGAAGGAUAACAGUAUUUACUGGGGAGCUUCACAUACAUGACAAGAUAACUGACACAGGAAAGUAUUUGACAGCGCUAUUUUGUGCCCACGGUUUCUCCUCAAGUUCAUGCCAAUCCUCUGAGGUACACAGGAAAGAUACUAUUCUCCUCCUUUUACACUUGGGGUGCUGAGACCUAGAGAGUUAAGUGAAUGCCUGACAUCAUCCAGGUAUAAAGUGGUGGAGUUAGAAAACACACUUGGGGACAUGAACUUUUUCUAUUAUACCGUGUCCUUUUUUAGAAGUACUUGCCCUCCUUGGGAUGUUGGUAGGGGGCAUCUCUCAUCCAUCUUACCUGAGGGCCUUAACUCAUCAUGAGUUAAGUUUUUCCCCAGGAGAGCUUCCUCAGAACAAGUGGUUCUAUAACCAAGUCCCAUUUCAGCUGGACCACUCAAUGGCCCCUGCACUUCUCUUUCCUCAUGCUCUUCUCUCUAAUCCAGAAAGCUACCUCCAUUUCCACAUGCUGAAAUCUUCCCUGGUCCUCAAAGCCACCUGGUCAGGAAGCUCCUCUGAUGUGAUACUCUUCCCUGCAAAUCUUUCUCACAUACUGCACCCCCGUGCUUCUUCAUGUGUUAUCCUGGAUGAGAGCCCUGGGCGUGGGAGACAUCUCAGAUCAAGGACAACGUCCCAGAAGUACCAUGUUUUCUACAUGUCUGAGUCCCCUUGCAGGUCCUUGGUCAAUGUCUCACGAAGACCACAUCUAUUCAGAAUUAACUCCAUUUCAGCCCCUUCAUGUAACUAAUCCUUAUCAACAAAAAUAUUGUUAUUUUAGGAGCUCUCUGAUUUUGAACACCUACUCCUUGUUCCACUGUAUAGUUUGAAUAAUUUUCACCAAGGUUAGGAAUGACUAUGCUUUCCAGAACACUUGAAGAAUUUUUCCUUGAGGAGAUAGUUUGAGCUUGUAAUGCAAAAACCCAUGAAGGAAUUUGAAAACCAUUCUUUCCUUGAGUACCAACUGGGUUUGGGAAGACCUGGGCCUUCUGAAUCUAUUCUAGUUUUUUAAGAAUUAUAAAAACACACACACAAAAAGAAUCCCCAAAACUCUCUGAGGUGAUGUGGUAAUUAUCUUGAUUGUGGUGAUUAUUUCACAAUGUAUAUCUAUAUCAAAUCAUCAAAUUAUACCCUUUAAAUAUAUAAACAUUUUAAUUAUAAAAUAUUCCUCAAAAAAAUAGAAUUACAAGUGGUUGAUAGUGGUAAAUAUCUUCUCAGGAUGUUCUUCAAAUGUUUUAGUGAAAGCAGAAUUAACAGCAUUCUGUAUAAAUAUAGAAAUGGAAAACCCAUUUUUUUCUUACAGUUUUAAAUUCUGAAUGAUUCCCUUUUAUAUAUGCAUUGCUAUUCAUUCAGUGAUUAUUUCUACAUAUAAAACUUUGUCUUUUUUAAUGCUUUUGUAUUAUUAUUUUCUAAAGAUAAAGAUAUCAUCCAGCAUUAAAAGUAGAAGCAUUUGCAUCACA